GUUGCUUCCAAUAUUAAAGUCCUGUGACAGGCUUUCAAGUUAACCUGUCAUCUGUUCAAGAACACGUAUUACACGUAUCAUUGCGUCAACAUUACGCAACAAGACAUCACAUGGAAACGUGUUUCCGUUCAGUAUCAAAACUUCUCCUGACCACAACGUUGAGACGUCUGUCUUUCUGUCGCUACAUGGCUCAAGCUCAAAGACACGCACCCAGUGCAAACACCCCCACCCACGGGAGCAAAGGGGUGGGGGACCCACCUCAUGGAUUUGACUACUUUCUGGUAUUAGAUUUUGAAGCAACAUGUGAUAACAAAAAUGAUCCCAGACCCCAGGAAAUUAUUGAGUUCCCAGUGCUGAAGGUUUCUGGAAGGACGUUUGAAACAGAAGCGACAUUUCACACCUACGUUACACCUGAUGUACACCCACAGCUGACUCCCUUCUGUACAGAGCUGACAGGGAUCAUACAGGACAUGGUGGAUGGACAACCUUCUCUCACACAGACACUUAAGGAUUUUGACACCUGGAUGGUUGAGCAGGGCCUGCUGACACCUGGAGUCUCAUCAGUGUUUGUGACUUGUGGUGACUGGGACCUCAGAAAAAUGCUUCCAUCACAGUGCAGCUAUCUCAACAUUCCUGUUCCCUCCCACUUCAAACAAUGGAUCAACAUAAAAAAGUCCUACAGUCAAGUAACAGGUCACUGGGGGAAAAGCAUGAUGAUGAUGUUGAGAAAUCUGAAGCUAGAACAUCAGGGCAGACACCACAGUGGCAUAGAUGACUGCAGGAAUAUUGCAAGAAUACUUGGAGAACUGGCAAGAAGAGGAGCAUAUUUUCAAGUUACGAGUUGGAGAUAAAAAAGAUGCAGAAGCCGACAGUUCUAAAUAAGUGCAUGCACUUUCACAAUCUACUAAACAUGUAAAAGCAAGAUACAUAUAAAUGAAUUGAAAGUAUAUUCUUCUAAUCACUUUAAGAGUUGACAUGUACGCAAAAGUUCAGCCUUUGUAUUUCUUAUCAUUAUAUUGAUCAUUCUUGCCAUGCAUCUUUUUAAAUGUUACAAGCAAAUUAUCAUACAAUGUCAUCUAGUAACGUUGAAGUCUUUGUUACAAGUCUGAAGAUUCUUCAAUUUGUUCUCCAAGGAUCUCACGUUAGUACCAGCAAAAAUCCAGAACCAUGGUUACACAUAUGCAACAAUCUAAAUAUAGAAAUGAACACAGAAGAUACUAAAUGUUGGCAAUGGCAUAUACAUGUACAUGUACCUUCCAGUCACUUUGUUACUAUAUUUCCUAUAAAGUUUAGACUGGCUUGUAUCCAAGAUAAUGUCACAUUGCAAUAAAAGCAGCUGUCUUUCUUUCA